GUCAAUGUUUAAUGCAGGUGUAGGUUAUGUUAAACGCCAAAAUGUAAAUAAAUAUUUAAAAAAUCAGUUUUCAUUUAACUGAUCAGUAUUAAACCAUACCAGUAAUUUUUCCGAUACAGAACUUCUCUGUUCAAUUCAAAUAGGUAAAAAUUGCAUUCCUGAAAGUUAGAAGUGGAAGGACCAAAGGUACAAGGCGCAAAAUUUUAUCACUAAUUAAUGCAAGUAGUGACAAAUUUAUUUCGGAAUGAUAACAGCUUUCUAAAGAACUCCUCUCGAGUUUCUAUUGUUGCAGUUGCACAAUGCACGUCGUUAACUACUUUAUAUUAUAUUGGAAACCACUGUUUUGGUUGUUAAUCUUUUUGUUAGUGAUGUGUUUAAGUAAUAUGUUCUUUGUAUUACCCAUUACCGGUUUUUCUUUACUUGGAUAUGUUGUAAUUGUUGCGGUGUCAAGUACCUGGAUUAGUUUCGUAACCCUUCAGAAUUUUCUUCAACAAAAUAAAUCUAUCGACGUAUCGAGACUACUUAAACUCAAGACAGAAUCCAAGCAAAAGGAGGAUUUAGAUGAUCUGACAUCAGUUACACAGUUAACUGUGGACAUUGAUAAAUAUUUUAUUAAAAAAUGGUUCGUUUAUAUAAGUUCGGAUCCAACAUUUAAUGAGGAAAGUAAAAUGCUUCUUGAAGAGAUUCUUAAGAAAAUGAUGAAUGUUCAGUUGAGUCUUGAGAAUGAAGUCAUUAUUCAUGGGAUAUUUAAUUUAUAUCUGAAACAUUUGAAGGAGUUUCGCAGAAGUUUAAAACGAAGAGACAAAUAUCCAGGAAAAAUCAGUGAUUUAUACAGGUAUUCACACACUUGUAGCAGCUCCAAAAAGGACAAAAAUUACUUCAUUCAUCAGCUCACUGUUAAUUUAUUGAAUCAUUUCAUCAACUGGGAAUUAGGAAAUUCACUUCCGUACCAAAUUCUAGUCUCCAUAAUUUCCAAAAAAGUGAUGUUUUAUAUUUUAAAUUUAAUCUCAAAUCCAGAGUUUUUAAAUUAUUAUAUAUUAACAGCAUGCGCUUCGAACAAUAAGAAGCUAGAUUUAAAGCUUGAAAACUACAAUAGUGUUAAAAUUGUCCAGAUAACAGAGAAAGGUGAUGUCACGCCAACCGACAUGGUUAAAUCUGGUAGUAAAGUUAGUUUGAAUAAGCUUGAUACCAUAACUGAACCUUUCGUGAUCAAAGAAGUGACUGAAGUUGAUGGUUCUCCACCGACUAUUACUGAUUACAGUGAAAUUAAGACUGAUGAGGUUAAAAUUUAUGAACCAAAAAGUUGUAAAACUUGGUAUGAUACUUUAGAUUUGACUUCUAUUCCUUUGGGACAAGAUAUUCUUGAUACAAUAAGUUUGGGAGAGUCAGACAAAGAAAUUGAUACAGCGGCUACAGAUCAUGACAAAGAAGUAUUAUCUCCAAUAACGUCCGCUAAGAAUUUGCUCGAUGAAAUGAAACAUAUUACAACUCUUGAAGGUUUCAGAACUUCCAUGAAACCAAUAAGUGAUGCCACCGCCAGUACAUUCCACAAUAUUAAGGACUUUCAAGAGAGUACUGUAAAUAAUGUUGUUAAACCUGUUUCACAAGUCACAUCAACAGCUUUACAUAGGAUUGGAGGAUUACAUUUGCAGGUUUGUGCAUUUUGUGACUCACAUUCUCAAAUACAGGAUUUAAUUUAGACAGUAGCAAAGGCAAAAGCAUGAGGUUAAAAAUUGAAGGCAAUAAUCAGUUUACAUAACAACAUAAUUAUGCGCAUUAAU